UCUUCUACACAAAUUUUAAGGUAUUUUAUACUUAUAAUGACAAACAAUAAAUUAUGACAUAACAUUUGAAAAUGAUAAAAAUAUUUGGGAAGUUAAUUAUGAUCAAAGUUUAUAAAAUUUAAUUUCAAAAUGUAAAUUGUGACAUUCGUUUGGCAUGGAUGAUCAAGAAUGAUUGUAAAUGUAUAAUGGGGUUUCCAUUAUGGACCAGUGGAGUACAAAAGUGAAGAUGUCUCCCAAAAAAUCAUCAAAUUUUAAGAAAACUCCAUACGACCCAAAAUGAUGAUGGCCUUCCGAUAUGAUGCAAUUCCACAUCCUCUUUCCCGGCGAGAAUUUUACCUCAUUCCCGCCCUCAUGUACCUUUCUUUUCCUCCUUUCCGGGCCGCCGCCGGCAAUGAUUUCCCGGUCAACGUCUGGCCCAAGCCCAUAACCUUCCACUGGCCCAGUCUCCGCCAAACUCCGCUUAGCCCAAAUUUCACUGUUCACUCUCCCGCCCAUCCCUACCUCUCUCCCGCCGUAAGUCGUUACAUCCACGCCGUCCUGACGGAGCGCCACCACCCGAUAGGCCCGCCUGCACUGAACGCCGCGCCGUCGUCUCCGCCGCUCGAAUACCUGAAUAUUACCGUCUCAGACGCCGAGGCUCCUUUGGCACACGGAGUCAACGAGUCUUACACUCUCUCGAUUCCGGACGGCGGCGAUGGCGGCGCUUUCCUCUCGGCUCAGACGGUAUGGGGCGCGAUGCGCGGCCUGGAGACUUUCUCGCAGCUCGUGUACGGCGACCCGGCCCGGGUGGCCGCCGGGCUGUACAUUUCAGACGCGCCGCUGUUCCCUCACCGUGGAGUGAUGCUGGAUACUUCGCGGAAUUUCUACGCGGUCGAGGAUUUGUUGAGGUUGAUCAAGGCAAUCAGUAUGAACAAGAUGAACGUUUUCCACUGGCACAUCACGGACUCGCAUUCGUUCCCGUUAGUGGUGCCGUCCGAGCCGGAGCUGGCCGGCCGCGGCGCUUAUGGGGAGGAGAUGAAGUACUCCCCGGAGGAUGUCCGGAAAGUUGUAGAAUUCGGACUUCAACACGGGGUUAGGGUUUUGCCUGAGAUUGACAUGCCUGGGCACACAGGAUCAUGGGCAGAAGCUUGCCCUGAUAUAGUCACAUGUCCAAACAUGUUCUGGUUGUCUCCAGGGAGCAACAAAGCUCUGGCAGCAGAACCAGGAACUGGCCAACUCAACCCUUUGAACCAGAAGACCUACCAAGUCGUCAAGAAUGUCAUCCGUGAUGUCACAACCAUGUUUCCAGACACGUUCUAUCACGCCGGAGCGGAUGAGAUCAAUGCAAACUGUUGGAACACCGAUCCAUCGAUCCAAGAGUUCGUCUCAGACAAUGGGACACUAAGUCAACUGCUCGAGACUUUCAUAAACUCCACUCUGCCUUACAUUGUCUCAUUAAACCGAACCGUUGUGUACUGGGAAGAUGUCUUGUUGAGUGAUGACAUCAAUGUGACAACCUCUUCUCUUCCCAAAGAGAACGUUGUCUUGCAGACAUGGAACAACGGGCCAAACAACACAAGGAGAAUCGUCGAAGCUGGAUAUCGUGCGAUUGUUUCCUCAGCAGACUUUUAUUACUUGGACUGUGGGCAUGGGAGUUUUCUGGGAAAUGAGAGCCGGUACGAUCUGCCACCUGGAACUGAACAGGGCAACGGUGGGUCAUGGUGUGGGCCCUUCAAGACAUGGCAGCUGAUUUACAACUACGACAUAACCUACGGAUUGAGCGACGAGGAGGGGAAAUUGGUUUUGGGAGGGGAGGUCGCGUUGUGGUCCGAACAAGCAGAUGCAACUGUUUUGGAUUCGCGGGUUUGGCCAAGAGCUUCAGCAAUGGCGGAAUCUUUGUGGUCUGGGAAUAAAGAUGAGGCAGGGAAGAAGAGGUCUGCAGAGGCUACAAACCGGCUGAAUGAAUGGAGGUACAGGAUGGUUGCACGAGGUAUAAGUGCUGAGCCCAUUCAGCCUCUUUGGUGUGUCAAAAACCCUGGAAUGUGCGACGCUGUUUACCCCUUUUCUGCAUCUCAAUAAAUUGUUCGUGGAAUGCCCUGAGAUCUUGAAUUAGAAUAGUUGACUUUUUGAAAUAGCAGAAGUGUUAAGUUAGAAGGGAAUAAUAGUUAUCUCUAGCU